AUGUCUUCGUAUGGGUCAGAAGUAACAUCACACAAAGCUGCCCUCCUCCAGACCACAGCAGGAAGCCACAGCUGCCCUGGGACAGACCACAGCAGGAAGCCACAGCUGCCCUGGGACAGACCACAGCAGGAAGCCACAGCUGCCCUGGGACAGACCACAGCAGGAGGUGAAGCCACAGCUGCCCUGGGACAGACCACAGCAGGAAGCCACAGCUGCCCUGGGACAGACCACAGCAGGAAGCCACAGCUGCCCUGGGACAGACCACAGCAGGAGGUGAAGCCACAGCUGCCCUGGGACAGACCACAGCAGGAGGUGAAGCCACAGCUGCCCUGGGACAGACCACAGCAGGAGGUGAAGCCACAGCUGCCCUGGGACAGACCACAGCAGGAGGUGAAGCCACAGCUGCCCUGGGACAGACCACAGCAGGAGGUGAAGCCACAGCUGCCCUGGGACAGACCACAGCAGGAGGUGAAGCCACAGCUGCCCUGGGACAGACCACAGCAGGAGGUGAAGCCACAGCUGCCCUGGGGCAGACUACUGCAGGAGGUGAAGCCACAGCUGCCCUGGGGCAGACUGAGGGGGCAGACUGAACAGAGAACUUAA